AUGAAGUUUAACCGUGACGAUUACGCGAGCUUCAAUCAUUACUUCAGUCAGUUCGAGGACGAACUGCUGAAGAAAAUACGCUUCCGCAGUCCACUGACCGAAAAUCAGCAGGUUCUCGAAGUAGGGUCUGGUACGGGACACUUUGCAAGCCUGUUUCUGACACACCAUUGCGAACCGUGUAAGAGGAUAGUUGCCACAGACUUCGAUCCCGCCAUGAUGGACUUCGCGAGGAAACAUUUUUCGCACGAGCAGAUCGUCUACGACACGCUCGAUAUCACCAGUCACAGCGUGAGUGAUUUCCUAGGGAAGUACGGCAAGUUCGACAGGAUCUUCUCCUUCCUGCUGUUCCACUUGGUGGAGGACCAGAAGACAGCCUACGCGAACGUCGCCAAAUUGCUUAACGACGAAGGGGAAUGCCUGGUACUUGCUUUCUCCAGCUUCGAUUUCGCGGACGUGUGGGAGGAAGUCUGCAAGACGCCGAAAUGGACAAACCGUUUACCGAACCCACGGACUAUUGUAAACUCCUUCUUCAACUUUCAUCGCGUCAAGUCAACAGCACAGGUUGAAGCGGAUGUCAGGGACGCAUUGCUUGGAACCGGACUGCAGUGUAUCUCCUGCGAAGUUCACGAUCACUCGUGGAAGCAUGAAAACAUGGAAUCUCUUCUUGACAUGCUCCUGACGGUUGUUCCCUUCAAGGCCAUCGUCCCCGCCGAGGAGUGGACAGACUUCGUCGAUCUGUGGACGCAACUGUUGCACCGGAAGUUGUGCCCAGAGCCGGGACAGCCACUGGCGUUGAAGUUUGCCGUCUACGUCGUUCACGGCUGCCGAGCUACCGCACAAUAA